UUGAAUAGUAAUUUUAUUGAUUUAGAUCUGUGCACUUCUUGAUCUCAUGGAUUUUGCUUUGUGCUAGAGCGGAAACAAACUGUACUUUCACACAUUCACUAAAUCAGUCUGACUCAGUACAAUCCCACAAUUUGAGAUCACCUGACCUGGAUAAAUAUGGUCUACCUUUCCACUUGUCACUAGCACUGUAAAUAUUUCAGAUCUUCUCAACUGUCUUGAAGCUUUUGAUUUUAGAAGUUCUGUGAAAGAAAUGUUGACAGAUGGAGGCCAGCAUGCAGGAUGUGCAUUUGAGCAACCUUCAGUGUGGUUGUCAAACCAUCAGGGGUAACGAGUAUAAUAUUAUUGCAUAUUGUUGCAGUAGUUUGUAGUUCACUAGAUCUGCAAACAACUUAUGAUGCUGCAGGUACUGGAAAUGAAUCCGUCCAAGUGUCUGGUGAAGCUUUUGGACAGCCUUUUUAAAAUUUCACUAUAAUUAACAAAAUGUGGACGAGGGCUUCACGACCCUGGGACAACUGUGUGGCUCUAGCGCUGCACAUCACUGAGUAUAAAUAGAGCAGUGUGGCAGAGUUAGAACACAUUGCACUCUCUGGAAGCCACAAACAACAAUCUAGACUAAAAGAUUCAUGUGGACAUGGACAGGUGAAGACGAUAGAUUAAUCCCUACAUAAUGUAACUCUGAGUCUGGCAUAUGUAUGAUUUCCAUGCAUCAUAGUAUUAAUAUUACUGUAUAGUAAAUAAUAUUACUGUGAGGUCUCAGCUUGAAGACAGUUCUUCAGUUUGCCUUCUCCUCAGCCUGUCUUGAACCCAGGCUCAUAGCGGUAUUAUACCACUUAGUAAAAAAAUCUAAUUGGCACUACUUAGCUUUAAAAUGUUAUAAUAGUUUACAUUGUGGUGUUGUUUGAUUGGGGAGGGGAGGGGGGAAGGGACCGAUAAGAGCUGGGCUGAUGUGAACGUCGGACGUCGUCUGGACCCACGUGACGAACAAACAUCCAGCGCAGCGAGAGUUAGGGAAAGUUCAGCAAAAAAAAACUUUCCCAGGAACUUGUGCUGAGGGUUUGGUGAGUAGCGACUAAAAGGGAGGUACACACAGCUGUAUGGAGCAGUUCUCGCAGCUACACGAAAACAAACAUCUCUGCAGGCUGGGAGUAAAGAGAGCAUAUUGACGGGAGAGAAACCAGCCGGAUCCCCAGUUGUACAAAACAGAGAGAGGGCUGAACAUCCUCUCACCAUAAAUCUCAGAGGAGAGAAAGAAUGAAAGUCGGUGCACCUGCUGGAGUCUGAACAAAAGCCACAGCACUGCAAGUGGGAGCAGGCCGUUUGAAAAGCGAGCCCAGCAAAGCACUAUUCAUCAUGGUAACAGUGCCAAUACUAGUCAUUUUCCUUUGUUCCAUCAAGCAUGUAAUGCUGCUUAAGGCAGAAUGGCGACAGACAAGAAUACCUGCUAUUUUGCCUCAUGAUACAGUGACACUGGAGAAAGCUCAUUUUCAGGGUAAAGCAAAACUAGAAGUAACCUCUCCAUGUGAAUUAGAGUGUCAGAAAAGAGCACCCCUACCAACGUAUGAAGAUCUAAAAGAAUAUUUGUCUUUUGAAACUCUGUACUUGAAUGGAAGCAGAACCCUCACAAGUGUAAACAUUUAUAGUUUCAAUUCUGUCAAUUUGGUAAACAAACAACAUUACAGCAGUGGUCGAAGAACGAAAAGGCAGGUCUUUGGCUUGGAUGGUAGAUUCAGCAUCUUGGCAAAAAACUUUCUGUUGAGCUAUCCUUUCUCAACAUCAGUGAAAAUUUCCACAGGUUGCACUGGGAUUCUCGUAGCAGAGAAGCAUGUUCUAACUGCUGCCCACUGUAUUCAUGAUGGUAAGAACUACGUGAAGGGUGCGCAAAGGUUGAAAGUUGGAUUUUUAAAGCAGAAACAAAAAGCCACAAAUCAAACCAACUCAAUCUUUCCAGAAAAACCUAGGCUCCAUUGGAUACGAGUAAAACGGACACAUGUCCCAAAGGGAUGGAUCAAAGGUUCAGCAAAUGAAAUCGGCAUGGAUUAUGACUAUGCACUAUUGGAAUUGAAAAGACCUCACAAGAAACCCUUUAUGAAAAUAGGAGUUACUCCACCUCGGGGAAGGAUGCCUGGUGGUAGGAUUCACUUUUCUGGUUUUGAUAAUGACCGUCCAGGAGAUCUUGUUUAUCGUUUCUGCUUGGUCAAAGAUGAAACUUAUGACCUUUUGUAUCAACAUUGUGAUGCUCAGCCAGGAGCUAGUGGUUCAGGUGUUUACAUUCGAAUGUGGAAAAGGCAAAGUCGGAAGUGGGAGCGAAAAGUGAUUGGCAUAUUCUCAGGGCAUCAGUGGGUGGACAAGAAUGGCAUGCAGCAGGAUUACAAUGUGGCUGUUCGGAUCACUCCUCUGAAAUAUGCACAGAUUUGUUUCUGGAUCAAAGGAAAUUAUGUUGACUGUAGAGAUGGAUGAAGGUUUUUAUUUGAUGUUUUUAAAACUGCACUGUGUAAGCUGGUAAGCUUUCGUAUCCAAGAGACAUUCAACUUAAUGUACUGUGGAUACAUGUUAUGUGACUGCAAUGCAAGAACAAAAUAUUGCAACAGUGCUCAAUUAAAAAUAUAGAAAAAAAGAUUUUAAAAUGCUUUGUAACUGCAUUAUUGUGGCACAUUGAAUUUAAAAAAGAUAGCAACCCUCUAAUAACUUCCUUUUGCUGCAUUUUCGAACACCUUUAAUACAUGUUGUGUUUAAUGUUGCAACCAUUUCUUUUCUCCCGGCCAUUAUUGUUUAAAUAAUUUAAACAGUCAGUCUAAUAAGAUAGCAUGAAAUGCCUUUUGGUGUCUUGAUUUACAAUGCUACUUGAACAUGUUGCAGCACUUAAAGUGAAUUUUCAAAUGAGUUUGUUAUGUUAAAAGGCUAUUUUUUGCAAAACUGAGUCACUGCAUUUAAUAUGGAAACAAUCUUACCAGACAGAUGUUUGCACAGCAAGUGUGGAGAUUCUUCUGUCCCCUUUAUAAGACUGUAAAUUUUGAGUAUAGAAGUAUGGAAGCAGUUGCUUAAAAAUAUUUUCAUACAUAGUAAGGCUGGUCGCAAAUGUCAGAGCUACUCGCAGAAUUGCAUUUUUUCUUUUUAUUUAGCCAUGGACCAGAACUCAAAAGCAAGUUAUUAACGACAGUUAUGUAGGGAUGUGACAUAAUGUGUAAGUCAGUAGUACAUCUAAUACAGUGCUAAUACAGUUAUACAGAACCUGUCCUUGACUCUAAUAGAGUCAAACAGCAUGGAAACAGACCAGUCUAACUAGUCCAUACUGACCAUGUUCCUAAACUAAACUACUCCCA